AUGUGUAACUAUCUACGUACACCACGUGCUUGUGGCGUCAAAUUGGGGGCCAAAAGUUUUGUGCUCACCACAACACUUUUCAGCCCUACGCAUAUUUUAUUUCUUUCCUUGAACAUCUCGUUUUUCCAAUGCCCUGCACUCCAUUUGUCUUUCCGUAUCCUUUCGCAUAUCAAAUUUGUGGGUUCUGAGGUCAAAAUGAUGGGGAGGGUGUCCGACCGGGAGUUGAGAACACGGCUUGGCGGAAUCGUGGAGUUGUUCUUCGAGACCCUGUCGCCUAAGGAAAAAGAUCUUUUUGUUGCUACGACUGUGGUCGAGAAUUUGCUGGGCGAUGUUAUGACCGCGGAGAGUGUGCAUAAAGGCAAAAGUGCUAGCCGUAAAGCCUCUGUGGCAUUGAAGCCGUUCAUUGCAGGUAUUGAGCAGUAUGCCGCUGCGUUUGAUGUCAUCGCGAAUGCGAGCUCAACGAUUCUGUCGCCACUAUGGGGAUCUUUUCGGAUUGUGUUACAUUUGGCGAAAGAGUAUUCCGAGUACUUUGAAAAGAUAUCAGACAUGAUGGAGAUCAUGGGCUUGCAUCUUUCUCAACUAAGACGGCUCCCUCAGCUCUUCCCCAAUAAUGAUCAACUAAAGUCAUUCAUGGUCGAAGUCUUCCAAAUCAUGUUCGAGUUCUGCACUAAGGCGCGACAUGUGUUCGUCAAAGCCAGCGAGCGGACAAGCAAGAACCAUCUGCGGGCCAUCACACCCGUCGGACUUUCCACGCUCAUCAAACUCGUGUGGAAACCGUUCAAGCUCCAAUUCGGAGAGAUCCGGACAAGACUGUCAGAAGUUAUGGCGAAGAUUGAGUUUGAGAUCAAUUUAGCUGAGAAGGAAGAAGCUCACGCUGAGCGUAUCAGAGCUGCCCAAGAGAGGACGGUGCAGACCAGUCGAUGGGAGGAAACAGAGCAGUUCCAGAAACGUUGGCAAAGUGAACUAGAUGAAGAUGGCAUGGAGAAAAUCACUAAAUGGCUUGCACCUGCAGAUGUCCUGAGCAACCAUGCUGCAUCCGUCAAGCUGCGAUACGGCUCCACAGGAUCAUGGUUUCUGAAUUGCACAGAGUUCCAGCACUGGCUGAACGACGACAUCUCGCCUCUCUUCUGGCUACAUGCAAUUCCAGGGGCUGGGAAGACUGUAUUGAUUUCCACGGUCAUCAAUUAUUUGAAGCACGAAUACCAGAGCGAAGAAGUUGGGCUCGCGUAUUUCUUCUGCGAUUACAAAGACCCGAUGAAACAGGACCCGUCGACGGUCUUGCGAACACUGCUCAACCAACUCAGCAGCCAAAACAUGGCCGUCUACCAGAACGUACGGAAAUUUUACAAAGACCAAUAUGAAGACGAUCGAGUCGCCAAACUCGCCCCUCCAUCACUCGAUCUUGUCCGCAGCAACUUUAGCCAAUUCCUCGAUGCCUCGUUCCAGAAAGUCUUCAUCGUAAUCGACGCCGUAGACGAAUGUCACGAUCGAGAAUGCAUUUUGAAAGCUAUCUCGGCGAUUGGAGAUUCGGUGGAACAUGUCAAGAUUCUGGUUAGCUCGAGAGAGGACCCACUGAUUAACGAGGAACUCAAGGAUUUCCCGAAUUUGAGGAUGAGGGCAACGCAUGUGGAGGGCGAUAUUGAGAGUUAUGUCAAUGCGACGCUAAAUACGAGGAUUGCAAGCAAGAAAUUAAAGGUUAAGGAUGAGGAAUUGCGGAAGCAGAUUUCUGAUACAUUGGUGUUGAAAGCGGAGGGAAUGUUCCAAUGGAUCAACUGCCAAAUCGACCACCUCUGCAAAUUCAAAACACACAAUGCCAUCCGAGAAGCUCUCAAACAUCUCCCCAAAACGCUAGAGGAUACUUACCUCAGAAUCCUUCAGUCAAUAGACGAAGACCACCAAGAAAUCGUCCAGAAAUUACUCAAAUGGCUCGUCCGUGGUGCCAGAGAGAUGACUUUGAAAGAACUGGCGUCCGCGAUAGCCAUCGAUCCGAGUUCUGAUAAACGAGAAUGUUGA